GUAUAGGUGAUAUUUACUAUUUACGUUGAUAUUUAUCUUCUGCAAUAAAUUAUGCAGCCAUAGCGUUGCGAAAUUAUAGUACAUAGUUGUUAUUAUAUUCCUAAAACUUUUUCCCCCAUCAUUUCAUGUCCUGGUUACAAUCUAUUACCAAGAGGUUACGAAAAAGCAUUUAAUAUAAUGGCCGCAAAAUAUGGGAACGGAAAGAGGCACGAUGUCGUGGAAUUUUUAAAGAAGGAUUAUAAAGAAUGGUCAAAUAGCACGGAUAAUAAAAUUAACGAAUAUAUUGAAAAUCAUUCAAUGAAACUGAAAACCUUGCCCGCGGCCCAUGGGAAAGAGAUAAGCAAAGUUAUAGAAGAUUUAAAAGCCGCAUUACCAAACAUAAGUCCCAAACAAGUGAGAAGGUUUUAUAUUCCAUAUUACGAGGCGAUCCUUCUAGAGCUUAAAGAAGAAGGAUAUGAAGAAGUAUUUCAUUACAUGAAAGAACUUUUAGAUCUCGAUGAAAAAAUUACGGAUAGAACACCUGGACUAUUAUCAUGGAAGAAACCAUCUUUGAAAGAUCAAAAAGAUUUUAUAAAUCAUUUGAAGGAUGGAUUAAUCGCAUCUGAAAAGAGCAAGAGAAAGGGUAACCACGUUGAGCAAACAAGGUUACUUCUAGAUGUGGCGUUGUUUUUUCAGUCGAAAACGUGGGAAUGGUGGUGGAUAGCUGAGCAUAUCUAUCAAAUUGCUCUUUCAGCUGCAAAAUUGAUCGUAAAUGAUGAUGGUCGAACUAUUACCCUGAUACGUUACUUGUACGGUCGAUUUCUUUUUUACGAAUUGCAGAAUCCAAACGAAGCUUUAGAUUAUUUGAAGAAGGCGCGAGCAGAUUCAGAGAAGAAAAUAUGGAAUGCGUCAAAAGUACUUGAAAUAAAGCAAAAUUCAAUUUUCAAAGAAUGCAAUAUCCUUCUGUAUAAAAUACUAUUAAUUUUUGCUCGCAAUCAACGCUGCGAAAAUCCCAGCUCCGCUCUGAAUGCCUGUAUAGAGGCUGCAGAAAGAGCUACCGAAGCUGGAAAUGCCGAAUACGUGAAUGAAGUACUUUACGAACUCGGAAAGUGUUAUAUGGCUGUAAACGAGACUAAAAGUGCGUUACAAAGCUUUUCCAAGUUAUUAGCCCUCGCAAAAAGAACCUCGGAUAUCGAAGGCGUUUGCAAUGCACACAUGGAAUUAGCAUUUGCAUACAAACAAUUAAAUGACAAUGAUUAUACGGAGAAACAUUUAAGAAUGUGCCAAGAAAACGCAAACAAUUUCGGCCUCGUUGAAAAACUUGCCGAUGCGCACUAUUAUACUGGAGAACACUACCUAAGUCAGGGGAAAUUACAUCUAUCUACCACUCAUUUGGAAACUGCUCUCAACUUGUACAAUAGGCUCAAUUUGUCUCACGAAGCUGAUCGCGCAAGAUGCAUUGCAGGAAUUUCUAAAGGGCAAGAGAGAAUCGAGAAAUACAUAGAAUUAUUAUUACAAUGUGGUGAAUAUGAUAAAAACGCAACGCUGAAACUUUGUCGGUGGAAGAGUUACAGAGAAACUUUCUGGACUGAGAAGACACAUGACACAGGAUCGGACUUCGAAAUCCACUACGAAAAUUCAGAUACGGUUUCAUCGGCAAUAUCUUUUAGAAUUCCCAACGAUAAAGCAGUAUCACAAAUUUGAACAUCCACAUAUAACAAUUACGCUUAAUAAAAUUGAUUCUUGCGAGAAUUCCACCGUUUUUAUUUUACAUUAUACUUAUUCAAUUUUACAUGUAAAUAUAAGAGCUUUGUUUCUUCGGGUACGAUUGCGAUAACUCUUAAACGAACAACUUGCGCAUAAUCGAACUUGUAUUCAAAUUAUACCCUCGACAAAGCUUACUGAAUUUUGAUUGAAUAAGAUAAUUAUAAAACAAUGACUUACUAAUUUUUGAAAUAGUAAGAAUAAAGACACUAAAAUGAAAUGAAUAACAGUAUGUGGCGAUUACAUCGUUAACCCGACCGACGGUGCUUUUUUUUGUACAAUUAUAUAUUAAAACACAAAAAUCCUUUAUUAAAAUAUUUGAUUAAAAAAUUAAGGUAUAUGUAUAUUCAACUUUUAGUGUUUGUGGUCAAUCUAUAGCACAGUGAGGUCUACAAGUUAUAGAAUCGUUAAGAAAAUUAAACAAAUAUUUUUAACUCCUCUUGAAAGUAAAGAGUAUUACCGAAUCAAAAAUUAAAUUUCAUGAGCUAAAAAUUAAUUG